CGCGUGGGCGGCGCCAAAUUCAAAUCCGCGGCCAUCUUGGCGGGAGGAUUUCUGGCUGCCGUGGCGGUGGCGGAUCCCCGCGGAGGUCGCCAUGGCCCCAGGCUGCAAAGCCGAGUUACGAAAUGUGGCAAAUUCUCAUUCUACCCAGCCAAGCAAUGAAGGUGAUACCAUCAAAGUCUUUGUGAGAAUCCGUCCGCCCGCAGAGGGCACUGGGUCAUCGGAUGGAGAGCACAGCUUAUGCUUAUCUGUGCUCUCCCAGACUACUCUUCGGCUGCACUCCAAACCAGACCCCAAGACCUUUGUAUUUGACUAUGUUGCAGGCAUGGACACCACUCAGGAGUCUGUAUUCUCAACAGUGGCUAAAAGCAUUGUGGAGUCUUGCAUGAGCGGUUAUAAUGGGACCAUCUUUGCAUAUGGGCAGACUGGUUCAGGGAAGACAUUUACUAUGAUGGGACCAUCAGACUCUGAUAAUUUUUCUCAUAAUCUGAGAGGCGUAAUCCCACGAAGUUUUGAAUAUUUGUUUUCCUUAAUUGAUCGUGAGAAAGAAAAGGCUGGAGCAGGGAAGACCUUCCUGUGUAAGUGCUCCUUCAUUGAGGUGUACAACGAGCAGAUCUAUGACCUGCUGGACUCCGCAUCGGUCGGCCUCUACUUGAGGGAGCACAUAAAGAGGGGCGUCUUUGUGGUUGGUGCAGUGGAGCAGGUGGUGACCUCAGCGGCUGAGGCCUAUCAGGUCCUAUCUAGAGGGUGGAGGAACAGGCGUGUAGCAUCGACAUCUAUGAACAGAGAGUCCUCUAGGUCUCAUGCAGUCUUUACAAUCACAAUAGAAUCAAUGGAGAAAAGCAGUGAAACUGUGAACAUCCGGACCUCUCUACUCAACCUAGUGGACUUAGCAGGGUCUGAGAGGCAGAGAGAUACCCAUGCCGAAGGGAUGAGGUUGAAGGAAGCAGGUAACAUAAACCGAUCCCUGAGUUGCCUGGGCCAGGUCAUCACCGCCCUUGUUGAUGUGGGCAAUGGGAAACAGAGGCAUGUCUGCUACAGAGACUCCAAACUCACCUUCUUACUUCGGGAUUCCCUUGGUGGUAAUGCCAAAACAUCCAUAAUUGCAAAUGUUCAUCCAGGAUCCAGGUGUUUUGGGGAAACACUGUCAACACUUAAUUUUGCUCAAAGAGCCAAGCUGAUUAAAAACAAGGCUGUGGUAAAUGAAGACACCCAAGGAAAUGUCAGCCAGCUACAAGCUGAAGUGAAGAGACUUAAGGAGCAGCUCUCUCAGCUUACUUCUAGGCAGAUGAUACCACAAAGCCUGCUGGACACAGACAAAGAGAAGACUAAUUACAUAGAACAUUUCUUGGAAGCAAUGCUAUUCUUUAAGAAAUCUGAACAGGAAAAGAAGACUCUGGUAGAAAAAAUUACCCAACUGGAAGACCUCACUCUCAAAAAGGAAAAGUUUAUUCAGUCUAAUAAAAUGAUAGUGAAGUUCCGAGAGGACCAAAUACUGCGUCUAGAGAGGCUGCAGAAGGAGGCCCGGGGGAGCUUCCUGCCUGAGGAGCAGGACCGUCUGCUGUCGGAGCUGAGGGAUGAGAUCCAGACUCUCCGAGAGCAGGUGGAGCAUCACCCCAGAGUUGCAAAGUAUGCUAUGGAAAAUCAUUCCCUCAGGGAAGAGAAUAGACGACUGAAAUUAUUAGAGCCUGUGAAAAGAGCCCACGAAAUAGAUGCCCAGUCUGUUGCAAGACUAGAAAAGGCUUUCUCUGAAGUGUCUAGCAAAGAGAAAAAUGACAAAGGUCUGCAGGGAUUUUCUCCCAAAGCACUGAAAGAACCAAAUUUCUUCACAAACACUGAGAAGUUAAAAUCACAACUCCUGCAAAUUCAGACAGAGCUGAAUAAUUCAAAGCAAGAAUAUGAAGAGUUCAAAGAGCUAACUCGGAAAAAGCAGCUGGAACUGGAAUCUGAGCUUCAGUCUUUGCAAAAAGCAAACCUCAAUCUUGAAAAUCUUUUGGAAGCAACCAAAGCCUGCAAGCGCCAAGAAGUUUCUCAGCUGAAUAAAAUACAUGCUGAAACACUUAAGAUAAUUACCACUCCUACUAAGGCUUAUCAACUCAGUUCUAGACUGCUACCAAAAUUAAGCCCAGAGGUGGGGAGCUUUGGCUUCCUGCACACGCAGAAUUCUGGCAGCUUAGAUGAUGGUAUAUUAAAUGAGCCGGUGCCCCCUGAGAUGAGCGAACAAGCUCUGGAGGCUGUUUCUGAAGAGCUUCGAACUGUACAGGAACAACUGAGUGCUCUUCAAGUCAAGCUGGAUGAAGAAGUGCAUAAAAACCUGAGACUUCAGCAGAGUGUCGACAAGCUAGAGCACCACUCUGCACACAUGCAGGAGCUGUUUUCAUCUGAAAGGAGUGAUUGGACCAAGCAGCAGCAAGACCAUCUUGCCCGGGUGAAUGAUCUUGAGAAGCAGCUUCAGGACGCUCAGACUAAGAAUGACUUUUUGAAAUGUGAGGUACAUGACUUGCGAAUCGUUCUUCAUUCUGCUGACAAAGAACUGUCCCUGGUGAAACUGGAGUAUAGAACCUUUAAAGAGAAUCAAGAGAAGGAACUAAACCAACUUUCCGAAAAACAUGUGCAGGUUCAACUUCAGCUAGACAACACCAGGUUAGAAAAUGAAAAGCUUCUUGAGAGCCAAGCCUGCAUACAGGAUUCCUACGAUAACUUGCAAGAAGUAAUGAAAUUUGAAAUUGACCAACUUUCAAAACAGCUUCAGAGCUACAAACAAGAGAAGGAAACAUUGAAAUCUGAUCUGCAUAAUUUGAUGGAGCUUUUUGAGGCAGAAAAAGAACGCAACAACAAAUUGUCAUUACAAUUUGAAGAAGAUAAAGAAAAUAGCUCUAAAGAAAUCUUGAAGGUUCUUGAGGCUGUGCGUCAGGAGAAGCAGAAGGAGAUGGCCAAAUGUGAGCAGCAGAUGGCAAAAGUACAGAAACUAAAGGAAAGCUUGCUCGCUGCUGAAAAUGUGAUCAGCUCUCUAGAAAAGUCCAGAGACUCUGACAAGGAACUUGUCACUAAUCUCAUGAACCAAAUCCAGGAGUUAAGAACAUCAGCAGGUGAAAAAGCAGAAACCAUAGACACCCUGAAGCAAGAACUACAGGACAUAAACUGCAGAUACAAUGCUGCUGUGGCUGCCAGAGAAGAGAGCAGAGAGGUGAUCAGGAAGCAGGAAGUGGACAUCCUGGAGCUAAAAGAAACUCUCAGACUGAGGAUCCUCUCAGAGGACAUUGAGAGGGAUAUGCUGUGUGAAGAUCUUGCCCAUGCCACUGAGCAGCUGAACAUGCUCACAGAGGCCUCCAAAAAGCACUCUGGGCUACUGCAGUCUGCCCAGGAAGAGCUGACCAAGAAGGAGGCGCUGAUCCAGGAGCUUCAGCACAAGUUAAACCAAAAGAAGGAGGAAGUAGAGCAGAAGAAGAGUGAGUAUAACUUCAAAAUGAGGCAGCUAGAGCAUGUGAUGGACUCCGCUACCGAGUUUCCACAGAGUCCCAAAACACCACCCCAUUUUCAGCCUCACUUGGCAAAACUCUUGGAAACACAAGAACAAGAGAUAGAAGAUGGACGGGCCUCUAAGACUUUUUUGCAGCACCUUGUCACAAAGCUAAAUGAAGAUAGAGAAGUAAAAAAUGCUGAAAUCCUCAGAAUGAAGGAUCAGUUGUGUGAAAUGGAAACUGUGCGCCUGGAGUCUCAGCAAUUGAGAGAGAAGAACUGGCUGCUGCAAAGUCAGCUGGAUGAGGUUACAAGGCAGAAGGACGGUGGCAAUCAGAGUCAUCCAGACAGUCAAGAACUGAAGAAUGAACAUGAAGAGGAGGUUGUCAAAGAAAGACUUGCUAAAAAUAAACUUAUUGAAGAAAUGCUGAAAAUGAAAACAGAUCUAGAGGAAGUCCAAAGUGCCCUUCAGAAUAAGGAGAAGGCCUGCCACAGAAUGAGCGAGGAAGUUGAGCGAAUCAGAACUCUGGAGUCUAAAGCUUUUCAAGAAAAAGAGCAGCUGCGGUCAAAAUUGGAAGAAAUGUAUGAAGAAAAAGAGAGAACUUUCCAGGAAAUGGAAAUGUUGAGAAAGCAACUAGAAUAUCUUGCUGAGGAAAAUGGAAAAUUGGUAGGUCAUCAAAACCUACAUCAGAAGAUUCAAUAUGUAGUGCGACUCAAGAAGGAAAAUGUCAGGCUUGCUGAGGAGACAGAAAAGUUGCGUGCUGAAAAUGUAUUUUUGAAAGAAAAGAAAAGGAAUGAAUUCUAAAGAUCCCAGCCAGCUCCCUGUGCAUCACUUUGUUUAGACUGGCUCUUUAAAAACCGCUGUACUUGCCCAAGUAACAGACCUAAACUAAAAGACUUAGUUAUGACUCGUGUUGCACAGUAAUCCUCAGUAUUCUGAUGAAUAUUCUGCACACAAACACAGCAGACUGUUAAGUGGGCAACAAUGCAUUUCCAGGUUUCAAGUCACUUGUAAAUUCUGGAAGACCCUUUAAAAUAAAAGCCUACAGCUGAGGUUUCUGGUGAAUUCAUUUCUCCUUAGAUUCACCUUUGAUAAACUUGGUAUGAAUCUGAUGGCGGGCUGAUUUUGUAGCAAACUUGUUUAUAUUGAUUUGUUUGUUUAUAACUUGUCAUGAGCAUUUUUCUACAUGUCUAAUUUUUCAAAUAAAAAAUUUUAAGCCAA